AAAGAAAUGUGUUUCCCCUUCCCAACCAGAUCUAGAGAAAUCCCAUCAUCCAGCCUCAGCUUCAACAGACACAAGACACAAGAUCGAUACUAACUCCUCUCAAGAAGAAACAUCUUCCAACCUGAACUAUUAUAUAACCAUCAUCGACCUUGCCUCUUUGCCAUCUCGUCUCGCCGCCUCAUCUGGUAUACUCCAAUAAAGAUUACCAAAGCAUCAUCACAGACCAAGCCAACUAGCCCAGGCAUCCCUGCCCCACUGCAUCUUGCACCCCCCGAUCUCGCUUUGAGUCAUACCAGCCAAAAUCGCGACAUAUCAGUCACCAUUGGUGCACAGUCAUACAAAAUGUCGACAACUACCACAACUUCCACCUUCACUGCUCCUCACACACAACAACCCCUCCGCCUUGCCGUCCAGAAGAAGAAGAUGAGCAUUACCCAGACUUACUACCUCGCUCACAAGGCCCGGGCCAAGCUCUCCUCCGAGGCUGCCCGCGCCGACCACGACCUCCGCCUCCUCGUCGGCCACGCCAACCUCCUCGACUCCCUGAUGCUUGAGCUCGCCGACGCCGAGCGCGAACAAGAGAGCUGGUUCAACCAGUCUGUCCGCGGUGCCACCAAGACCGAGUCCGCUCCCGCUGCUACCAAGGACCGUCACAUCCAAUGGGCCGACUCCAUCGCCGAGGACUCGGAGGACCUCUACGAGGACGACUCCUCCGACUCGGACGACUCUUCCGUCUCCUCUGACGACGACUACGAGGAGGACGACAUCGAGAUGGCCGACACCAUCUCCCUCCGCCGCAUGCCCUCCGCCGCCCCCGCUUCCCCGAGAACAUCCACCAUCGAGGUUUCGGAAGACUACGACAUGGAGGAGGACGACCUCGAGGAGGACUACGCACAGCUCGAGCUCGUCCGCACACCAUCCCACUCCAGCUCCAGCUCACCACCAGAGCUCGAGCACGAGCACGACUCUGACAUCUCAGAUGACGAGUCGAUGCCCCCAUCACCGCCAAACGCAGUGCUCACCUUCAACGAGAAGGAGGCCAAGGAAGAGAUCUCUCAGCAACAAUCACAACAGGGCGACGGUACCUUCUACUCGGAAGGCUACUACCUGCCGGCCCGCAACCCAGCAAGGCUCGUGUCUGCCAUCUCAGUGUACUAAGUCUACAUUCGAGAACCACACCACUACCUUGUAACAUGAUCUCUUCUUUGGCUUUUUACAUCAGCGAGCGUUUGCAUAUAUUACGGCGUUUAUCAUUUGUCACCGAUACCAAAUCACAACGGCAUGGGUUACGAAUUACUUGGAUUACAAAACGACAGCAAUGUCUUCUCAACUCUUCUCUCUCAUCUUAUCUUUCCUAUAUGUCGCAAUGAGAAAGCAUGGGGUGCCUAUUUGGAGGACCCUGAUGGAUAAUGGAACUGGGACUUUUUUCUUUUCUUCAGCUGUCUUUCCGCUCCCGGGCUCCAGUCCGCGGUUGAGUGGUACCAGCACAAUGUGUUACAGAAACCAGAUAGAUAGCCGCUUAGGGGGUCAAACAGUGCCCUAUUCAAAAGCGAAGCAUCAAACAAUCAAUUGAAAAAUCAAUCAAAUCGAACCCCCUGUCCUCUGCAAUACUGUGAACACUCUCUUGGUACGAGGACUUGGAGCAACACAACAAAAAAGGUAAGUCACGAUUGCAUCAUCAUUGCUUCUUCAUUCGCCUCAUCUCGGGGCGAAAGUAGGAGGUGUUGGAUGAAACUUGCGCGCUGACCGAGUCAUUUAGGCAGACCACAUGAUUCAGCAAAGACCUGCCCGUUACAAUGCGCCGCUGCGCGUUACGACGACUCCAACCGCGCACCUCACAAAAAUCGACCUUUUUUUUUGGCCUAUGCCUACGGAGUACUGCAUACGGCAUACCAGUUUCGCCCAGGUACUCGAAGAGGGUUGGUGGAUGCGCCCUGCGAUCUCGGCAGAUCGGCGUCGCUCAACCUCCGGUCUUUUUUCCAACAGCUGCUCAGGUGCCCGCCAACCCCUCGCUCGCUUACCUCACCCUUCGAAGCCGAGCUGCCUGCCUUGCGCAGCUGCGCUUGGUGCUGCCUGCCACGAACGACCGGGGUUUACAAAGCAAAUUCCACGACGACGACCGAUUUCCGCGCCCCGACAUUUUAUCGACACGCCCCCCUGCCUUCCUUCUAGUCAUCUCUCAGGACAGUCAGUCACCGUCUCACAGAUUUCCAUGGUUCACUAACGCCGCCGUAUCGUGGACGAAUCACGAGGGGGGUUUCCUCCAUGGCAUUCGGGUUUUGGCGGUGUGUUUUAACUCCCCUACCGCCGUACAGUCCUUUUUUUUUUCUUGACCGCAAAGAGACGGAAUUAAUAAUUAGGCUGCCUGGAGGUUAGUUAAGCCCGUGGUUUAAUGGUGCAGGUGAAGAGCAAACAGCGAAAAAGCCGACGCCAGCGAUUCGAAUUAUUCAUCACAUUAUCCCCGCCGUUGCACCCGAAGCGACUUGCACAAAAGAAUGUCACCGAGGACAUUUACGGAUACCCGCCGACGAGUCAAAUGUCACGAUGUUUCAUUUCCAUCUGAGUUUUACGGAUGAACGCCGCUGGUAAACGAUGAACGGCGACGAUGAUCUGAUUUGGACUGGUCUGAUGGAUAUUCAAUUGGAGCCGAAACGAAAAACGAUUGCGAAGCAAGCAUGGCGCAGCUGGGGAACUUUGGAGGAGAAUUCGACAGGCAGAAAAAAGAACGACGCCAAAAAACGAUUACGACGAUACGAAGCCGACAUGAGCCACGAACCUGCGAAAAAAGGCGUGUACGGUGUGGCAUCCCGCGUACACAAUUACGGUAUGCUGGGGAGGGGGUGUGCAACGCGGCCGCGACAGCGAAUGCGAGUCACCGAGGCCAAAAAAAAAAUCAAUGACAGUCAUCAGCGCAGGGCGUGAGCGUGCGGACGGACGAAUCCCGUCCGACUGGAGACGGCGAACCCAAAGGAGAUAAGCCCCAGGGCGACCAAAGGCCCCCAAGAGGAACCGACGGAGAAGACAACCUCCCGCAAUUGCUUGCCCUGCCAGAAAUCCGCUGAACGGGUGACAGAACUGUUCCCUCGGGGCCCGAACGUGGAGACACGUGGUGCGCAUAGGGGCCCGAGCGCGUCCCUUUUUCGAGGCCGAGGCCACCGUCAUCCCGCGCUGACAUAAGGCACACACAGCCAGCAGCACCCGCAACCGAAAGACCCAGCGGGGGGAUCUGAGCUGCCAGAUUUUUUUAAGAUUGGCAGAUCAAAAGGCAAGAUGGAAAUGGCACCACAAUUGGGCUUGGCUUGUGAAAGUCUUUGGCGAGGGUCGUCCGGGGUCCUUGACCACCGUACUGUUACGGCUUCGUCGGCGACCGGCCUGUUUGCUGAGCAUUGCCUUUGCCAUUUCCACGAUGCAGACACGCUAAUUACCAUCCAGAGCAAAUGUUGGAAUUUUUCACGGUAACAUGCAGGAAAUAAAAAGGACCGGCAACUGGAAGCGACGACACUGAAGAAGGGGGUGUGUAUCUCUUACCUGCCGCCGCUCGAAAUGAUUCAUCCGGUCUAUCCAUCCGGUCUUCAGACACACGCCGGCAACCACCACGUCUUCAGCGUCCGACUUCGCUGGCACGCGGGUCGGCAGGUUCACGAUUGAGCCGACACGGCCGGCGAUAAGGACGAAGGUGUGACUCGUGAGAGGCAUGCACGCCGACGGGACGGCUUAACGGUAGUGUUGAUGGUGGUAGGUGGUAAGGUGGUGGUGCACUCUGCCGAUCCAGUUUUUUUCCCGCCCGCCCGUCGGAAGCCUUGGCCGAACCGGCAGCGUCGGCGGGAGUGAGGGAGGUAGACUAACGGCAGGCACACCGGCAUGCGGUCAGUUACUAUGCGUGCAGUCGAAUCCAUCAUUUUUGAUCGCCAGUCUCGGCUACGAAAAGCCUAAUUCAGAAGUGUGUGGAAGUCAGGUGAGGUAGGUACGGAUAACGUAGAGCUUGAGUGUGACGAGACAGCAGGCACGCCUGUUUCUGUUUCACUUGCGUUAUUCUUCCCGAUCGAGGAUGUUUGAAUGAAUCCCGCGGAUUGUUGUGAGGGGCGAUACGGAUAGAUGGGCUCCAUCGUGACAAACGGCGCCGACGGAUAUGCACCUGUGAGUUGGUUUGCAGAUUUCACCAGACUACCUACCUAGAUAGUAGAUACCCGACUCGAGUCAACACCAAAAGCCUCGGCAAGAUUCCGUGUUUUCUUGGUGUAUGGAGUGGAAUGGAUGGAAAAAUAAUCGAAUUGCACCUUGUGAGAGUAGUGUACCGGCCUAGACGUCUAGGUCUGACAAACACCACCCGUCCGUCGCACUUGGCGGCGGUGCGGGAGUCCCACGAUGGUGUAUUUACUUGA